CGGCCUGCGCCCAGCCCUCCUUGCCGGGGGCGCCGGCCGCAGACACGGGACCUGCUCCGCGGUUGUUGUGGCGCCCAACCCUGAGGUUCUCUAAUGAUCUUGCUUCACCAUGGCUACAAAUAUGGAGGGGCUGGUUCAGCACAGAGUGGGGACCCAGCAGGUGGCUGAGGUGCCCAGGUGACCACUCAGCACGUUGAUCCUCGCCUUUGGUACCACGUGCACAGACCUCUUGGCCGGAAUCUCCAGGGAUGACCAGCCCCUCCCCGCGCAUCCAGAUAAUUUCCACCGACUCUGCGGUAGCCUCACCUCAGCGCAUUCAGAUUGUAACAGACCAGCAGACAGGACAAAAGAUCCAGAUAGUCACCGCAGUGGACGCCUCUGGAUCCUCUAAACAGCAAUUCAUCCUAACCAGCCCAGAUGGAGCUGGAACUGGGAAGGUGAUCCUGGCUUCUCCAGAGACAUCCAGUGCCAAGCAGCUCAUAUUCACCACCUCGGACAACCUUGUCCCUGGCAGAAUCCAGAUCGUCACGGAUUCUGCUUCUGUGGAGCGUUUGCUGGGGAAGGCAGACGUCCAGCGGCCCCAGGUGGUGGAGUACUGUGUGGUCUGUGGCGACAAAGCCUCUGGCCGGCACUAUGGGGCUGUCAGUUGUGAAGGCUGCAAAGGUUUCUUUAAAAGGAGCGUGAGGAAGAAUCUGACCUACAGCUGUCGGAGCAGCCAAGACUGCAUCAUCAACAAGCACCACCGCAACCGCUGCCAGUUCUGCAGGCUAAAGAAGUGCCUGGAGAUGGGCAUGAAAAUGGAGUCUGUACAGAGUGAACGGAAACCCUUUGAUGUACAACGAGAGAAACCAAGCAAUUGUGCUGCUUCCACUGAGAAGAUCUAUAUCCGGAAAGACCUGAGAAGUCCUCUGAUAGCCACUCCCACAUUUGUGGCAGACAAAGAUGGAACAAGACAAACAGGUCUUCUUGAUCCAGGGAUGCUUGUGAACAUCCAACAGCCUUUGAUACGUGAGGAUGGUACAGUUCUCCUGGCCACAGAUUCCAAGGCUGAAACAAGCCAAGGAGCUCUAGGUACACUGGCAAAUGUAGUGACCUCUUUGGCCAACCUGAGUGAAUCUUUGAACAAUGGUGAUGCUUCAGAAAUGCAGCCAGAGGACCAGUCUGCAAGUGAAAUUACUCGGGCUUUUGACACCUUAGCAAAAGCACUUAGUACCACAGAUAGUGCUUCACCCCCAAGCCUGGCAGAUGGGAUAGAUGCUAGUGGAGGAGGGAGUAUCCAUGUCAUCAGCAGAGAUCAGUCAACACCCAUCAUUGAAGUUGAAGGCCCUCUCCUUUCAGACACACAUGUCACAUUUAAGCUUACAAUGCCCAGUCCUAUGCCAGAGUACCUCAAUGUACAUUACAUCUGCGAAUCUGCAUCCCGCCUGCUUUUCCUCUCCAUGCACUGGGCAAGGUCAAUCCCAGCCUUUCAGGCACUUGGACAGGACUGCAAUACCAGCCUGGUGCGGGCGUGCUGGAAUGAGCUCUUCACUCUUGGCCUGGCCCAGUGUGCCCAGGUCAUGAGUCUCUCUACCAUCUUGGCAGCCAUUGUCAACCACCUACAGAACAGCAUCCAGGAAGAUAAGCUUUCCGGUGACCGGAUAAAGCAAGUCAUGGAGCACAUCUGGAAGCUGCAGGAGUUCUGUAACAGCAUGGCGAAACUGGAUAUAGACGGCUAUGAGUACGCAUACCUUAAAGCUAUAGUUCUCUUUAGUCCCGAUCAUCCAGGUUUGACAGGCACAAGCCAGAUUGAGAAAUUUCAGGAAAAGGCACAGAUGGAAUUACAGGACUAUGUGCAGAAAACCUACUCAGAAGACACAUACAGAUUGGCCAGGAUUCUUGUCCGCCUGCCAGCACUCAGGCUCAUGAGCUCCAACAUAACAGAAGAACUUUUUUUUACUGGUCUCAUUGGCAAUGUUUCAAUAGACAGCAUAAUUCCCUACAUUUUAAAGAUGGAGACAGCAGAAUAUAAUGGCCAGAUCACCGGAGCCAGUCUAUAGUGCACAACCAACAGCUGCCAACAGUGGGAUGCCCCUAGGACUGUGCAGGUGCAAGGGAAGGGAAGUGUAGCAGUGUCUUGGUGUGUGCAGGUGUCUCCAGUGUGUUAGCCACUUCUUCCUGUUCAUCCCAGACAAUAGCAACUAAAGAUGAGUAGAACUCUUCCCUGCCCUAAGAAAUAUUUUAACACCUUUUGGUGAAGCAGAUUUUGGAACAAUCUUUUAAUUCAAUUUGUAUUUAGAAAUUCUCAAAGGGCAAAAAACAAUACUGAAGUUUUAUAAUGUCAGAGACUAGUAUUAAAAGAACCUAAGAACAGUAUGUGUAAAUACAUUAAAAAAAAAAAGUCCUUGGAAUUAAUAGCUACUAAUUACCAGGGUAAUGUUAGCACUUUCUAAGCACUUCUUAUCAAAUCUGCAAUGUUAACAUCUUACCUGUGGACAGGGCAAAUGGAAACUGUCUCUUUUGUCAAAAUGUUAAUGAUUCCUGUGAAAAUUCACUAGGGUACAGGAGACAAUCGUUCAUUUAGGAGAGAAUCCAUUUAUAAGAGGGCAGCACUUCUAGCUGUGUACUGUGGUGGUGGUGGUGGUGGUGCUGUGCUAAAUUCCUGUGAGUGAAAAUGUGGAUUCCUGGCAUUGUGCACAGGGGAUCUAACUUGCAGUGACUCAAUAAGAGCUGCUAUGCCAGCAGAGAUGCCUGUGAGGGUCCUUACCAAUAUGGUCCUGAUUCCUGAUGCCUGUCUGAAGACUCUUCCAGAAAGUGGGCUCCACUAAUUUUCAGAAUUAGAUUGCAGCUUGUCAGAGUGCCUGAGAUGAGUGUCAUGUAAUUCUUCAAGUGACUGAAAGUACACCUACAUCUCUCUAUCAACUUGUAGGAACUGGAGCCUUUGACCAAAAAGUGCAAGGUGGUUGACUGCACCCUUUGACAUGACCUGUUGUCUAGGUUGAGUGUGGCAUCUGCAGUGAGAGUUCCUAUUCCUGGUGUGUCCAGAGAGGGGCCAGUAUCUAUGAUCAUUCAGAACCUGCAGCUUGGUAGGGGUUGUGUAUCCUCACUGCCUGGUGAGGGACUAGCUUUAUAUUGUGGAAUAAAAGGCAUCAAGAUAAAUCCUUUCUGAACUUUUAAGUAUUAGUGAUUUCAGUGUACUGGGAUACCAUGCUUUUCAGUUUUCCCAGGUUUAUGCUAGUCCAACAAAGUUCUCUGGGGCAUUUGAAAUAACAGAAGUAGACCUUCUCUUUCAAAAGAGAAUCCAAAAACAGUCCUCAGUCAGGGCACAUAGUGCAGGCCUGUAACCCCAGCACUUGGGAGGCUGAGACACAAGAAUUAUACUUUGAAGGCCAACCCGAGCAACUUAAUGAGGAAACUCCUGAGUUUUCCAGGGGUCUGGGGAGUGGGGUAGGGUGGUGGCUUAAGUGUAGUGUGCUUGCCUAGCAUGCACUAGGUCCUGGGUUCUAUCCCCAGUACCAAAAGAAAAAAGAAAAACCUUCAUUCACAAAUUCCCUCAAGUUAUAAUGACCAUAGUUCCUAACAAGAAAGGAGUAUAGAAUUCAGUUCCAAGGAAGUUAGAUCUGACUUAAAGCUCUUUGCAUUCCCAUGGACAUGAGACUGGGGAAAAAAAAGUGGAAGGUUAGGAAAGAUACUUGGUAUUUGCAUUUAGAUUAGUAGAAAUUAAGAAAAAUACCUCCUGUAAGGUUAAGUUUGUACCUGUUUAUGGACAGGUACAGCCAUGGGGCUCAAGGAUAGAUAGUCUGUUUCCUUUUGAGGAGUUAAUGACACUUUAUUCACUGCUAGUGGGAUUUAAGUGCAGAAUUAUCUCUAGCUUCUAAAUUCCCAGCUAGAUUUGGAAGCCAGUGUUGGAGAACAGCAGAGAUGGCCAGCAUAAAAUAAUUGAAAGGACAUAAUUUUGCUAGCUUAAAGCUUUUUUCUUUUUAUGUAUAUAUUAAAAAUUAAGCCAAAUAUCUGGACACCGGUAUAGUUAGAGUCUAUUUUAAUCUCUGUAGAGGUUUCCUGUAGUAUAUCAAUCAAUACAUCUUAUAGUUGCUGGCUUUGCUUCCCUUAGGAUUUUGGAAUAUGAGCACCAGCCAUUUCUAGACCACUUAGAUAGGGCCUGGACAUCCUGGUUCCCAUUGGGUAUUUAGACCAUAGUUGGAUAAGAGGUACCAACCUCUUAAGAUGGCACUGAACGGGGCAAAAGGAAAAAAAAAUUUUUUUAAAUGUAGAAAAGAGUUGGUGAUCUAACCUGGUCUUUUGUAAGUUCCGUCAUUAGUAAUGGCCAAUUGAUAGGGCCACUUUGGGCCAAACUCCUUCACUGGUUGUCCAGAUCUUUGUGGCCUUAUCUUUAACAAUUGUAUCCAUACAAUUUUCAUUAUUGUAUCCAUACAGUUCUCAUUAACUGAAAUCAUUUCAAACUUUGAAUGAUGCUCCAUUCCAUCGCUUGUCAAAUGGACCUAUAAAGGUCAGCCCCAGUUGUUUCUUAGAGAUAGCCCAAUUACGUCUGGGCUUUAGCUUUCAGGGCUUUCCACCCCUGGUUUAUGAGUCUGUGAUACUCCAAGCUUGAUGAAACAAGGCUGACUUGUCUAGACACCCUUCUCAGGGAGGUGGACAGACACACUGACCUGGCUACUUUCAGAGGUGGGCUAGGGUGGAGAGAUACACACCAACCUGGCUAACUGGGCUCUUUUCCAGAAAGAUCUCAAAUGUUGAUAAUUCCAUGUUAAAAUUUGGGAUAAAAUAGGACAGGAGAUGUAGACAGAGACCAAAUUCCCUAAGCAAGUUAUCCUAGUUACUCCUCAAAAUGCUACAGUGUGUCACUGUCCUUCCAGUGUGCAGUGUGUAUUGAAGGGGCUUCAUUACUGCCUAGUCUCUUUCUGAGGCUGCAGUUGGGGUUGUGUCGUCUUUAAGUUUCUGUAUUGAAGUUCAAGUGAGUCACUUAUGCCCUUGGAAUGGUUUUCUAGUUUGUCAGUGUUGGAUGUGGAUGGUAUUCUGAGGUAGUCAUGGCAUCAACCAGCAUGGUCAGUUUGGCCCUCAAAUGGAGCAGCUGCAUCCACUACAUAAAAUUGUUCUGAAGGGUAGCACUGCUCAUGCACGUCCUCUGAUCAGUAUCCCUAACAGCUGGACCUAUUGUCUGGGACCUGAUGUCAUGGGGGUCUGGAAGACUGUUGCUGCUUUCCAAUGGCUGGGUGAAGCAGGGCUGUGGGUGCUGCUGAAAUUAUAGAUCCAGGCCUUGAAAAGCACCAUCUGACAGCUGCUUUUUUUCCAGGGGGAAGGUCCUGGCAAAACAGAUGCCCACCUCUUUCCUUUGCCUAACUACCAGUCUCCAGAUUAUGUGGUUCUUUGCAAAAAGUCUUAACUCUUAAUGUCAGUUUCUAAAGACAACUCCAAAAUGAGAUGAGGUUGACCUAGGUGUUUUGUACAAGGUUCUGACCUCCUCAUUGAGUGCCUCCCAUCAGUGUGUACUUUCUGUGCACAAUCUGUCCCUUCAGCCACACUGUGCAUGUCCAGAGUUACAGGCCUAGAUGACUGAAUGAAUGUACAUGUGUUCAUAUUAUCUUCUUUGUACAGUGUAUAUAAUGUGUGUACAUAGGUGUACAUUAUGUAUACAGACAUGUAGCCACAUAUUCAAACUUCUAUGUUGUCAAGAGUUGAUGCUAGUGUUGCUAAUGUGAAUAGAUGUUGGUGUUGCAAGGUUCCUUUAACAGGAACAUUGUGCUGGUGAGUUUCUUACCAACUUAAUUUUCCUGAGACAGGGCGCUGCCUGGGCCAGGUGUCACUUUUUCCUGCACAAGGAAGCCUCGAGCCAGAAAAGUCCUGAUAGGAGGGCAAUUCUCUAAGUUUACAAGGGCUCAGAAGCUGGAAGAGAUGUUAGUCUAAUAUCCAAAACUAAGGAUAAAACUGCUUUUCACAAACCAGUUUAACCUAACUGGAAGGAACUUGGUGACUGAGACCCUCAGUCUUCUCUAAAGCCUGGAGCUUUGUGUGGCUCCGACAUGGGCAUUUGGGAUCAAGGGGCUGCAGCCGUCUCCCUUGUUUACCCUGGGCUCUGUCAGCAAGGCUUGGGUGCUCUCUGGUGGUAACAACAAAAUACCAGCCUACCAAACAUUCUCUGAAAACAGUGUGGAAGGCUAAAAACUGCAAUUAGUAAAUUAUCCUAACUUAACUACAUUCUGUAAAAGUUUAUUUUAUAGUAAGAAAGCUAAGGCUGACAUUUCCUUAUCCACCAGGUCUUUGCUGAUAUGUGUCCCCUAUGAUUGGUAUUUUUAGGCUGAGAUAUGGAUUUGGGAGACAGGGCCCAGCUUGGCAGAGGCUGCUAGUGGCCACAGUGACCAGGCACCCGGCUUAAAUGAAGCCAAGUGCAAAAACUUGCCUGACCCACAGGUUGCUCUGUGUUUUUGAAGUAAAUUACUGGAGUGUUUUAAGAAACAAUUGUUAAGACUAUAGUCCUCAGUGCCUUUGGUGAGACGUGGGUCUUUUGGCUUCAGCUUCCCACUCGUGUCCCUGGCCUCACCCUUUGUGGUUGUUCAAUCUUGCCUGUGUCGUUGCCUGUUGUGACAAUCACACUGUUAAAAGUGGCUUUCCAAUUAAAACACAGGGAAGCUUGGCAGUCCCUAAAUGAAUCCUUCCAUUUUCUUUGGGGGCUAUUGUCUUGGCAGCAACCUAACAGUAAACUUAAAAGUGGCUUAGGAAGGGAAAGAACAUCAGACAUUUCUAAUACUCAGUAAUAUGCACUUUUAGUUAACUUUCAAUAUUGAUAUGUAUACAUGGAAUGUAGGAAAAAUGCUCAACAUUACCACUGUUAAGUUUUAGUGUUUGGGUAACAUUUGGUAUUGACUGCACAUUAAAAAACGGCCUUUCUUCAGGAAAGUACCAUCAGUUGUCAUCCCAACAGCCUAUUCAUUCACGGAUGCUAAUGCUGCUGCAUACACAACUCAAGUGCUGGAAUAUUUUUCUAGUCUGUUUCCCAAUUAACUUGUAAAUCAGUGUUCAACUAGUUUUAUAAUUGAAAAGCUGCACAUUUUUUUCAUAGUACCAACUAGUUUGUACCUGUAGUUUGGAUUUCUCUGUUAUGAUACAACCUAUCACCCCACCCCCACCCCCAAAUUCCUUUUUAGAGGACAUCUACUAAAGGAAAGUCCAGUGUGGAAUUUUCUUGGGACCGCUUGUAUAACUUCUGCCCUUCAUACUAUAGAAAACACCGUGGAUGCCAUUACCUUUUGAUUCCAGGUUAAAAACCUGCAGAGAGCUGCCAUUUUGUACAGCUUUUCUCCCCAUGUAAAUGAGCUAUGUGAUGGCAUUUAAAAACCCGCAUGUUCUUUUUAAACUGAAUUUUCUAUCUAAUCAAUGUCUUCAGUCCUGAAGGAGAAUCUGCAUUGUUGUCUGUAUAGAGAGUUGCUGUGCAUGGUUACGAGCGCCUUUUACUAAAUGCUGUUUAAUGUGGCUUUGUUGUUGUGGCUUAAUACUACCUACAUGAGGUUUAUACUAUUAAAGUAAAUUAAAGACUA